AUGAACAGGCGCGGUCUGCAGCGGCCGCCGCCGACGACGCAGGAGAACAAGGAUCGCCCCGGAGGACGGCAGCCCAGCGCGAGAGCGCACCGCCUCCAGGCGAUCUGGGCGCGGCUCUGGCUCAACGGCCUGCCCCUCGACGCGUGGAGCGCCGCAGGACGUUGUGCCGACCAGCACGAGCCCCACGUGCGCGGGGAGCAGCAGGCCAAGCUCGCCCGGCUCGGGCUCUCAGAGCCCGUGCGGCGUCCAGGAGGAGCUGCACCACCGACACUGGAGCAGCGGCAGCUUCAGCGCCGAGGACUCGGAGUCGACGGCUAG